GUCAUGACGAGACAGAAAGUGAAAAUGACUUUCAUAGAAAAUGAAACAGCAAGAAAAUCAACAUUCAAGAAAAGAAAGAAAGGUCUUUUGAAGAAAGCUCAAGAGUUGGGAAUUCUUUGUGGCGUCCCGAUCUUUGCUGUCGUCAACAGUCCGUACGAGCUGAACCCGGAGGUGUGGCCAUCGAGAGAGGCUGCGAACCAGGUGGUGUCCCAAUGGAAGACGAUGUCGGUGAUGGACAAGACCAAGAAGAUGGUGAACCAAGAGACCUUUCUCCAACAGAGGAUCACCAAAGCAACCGAGUCUUGGAAGAAGUUGCGGAAAGAGAACAAAGAGUUGGAGAUGAAGAACAUUAUGUUUGAUUGUCUUAGUGGCAAAACUUUGGUUUCUAGUAUCGAAAAAACUGAGCUUCGAGAUUUUGGUUAUGUCAUUGAACAACAACUCAAAGAUGUUAAUCGUAGGAUCGAGAUUCUGAAAAGGAACAAUGAACCAUCUUCCGCCCUCGUUCCUGUUGCUGCCCCUACAACAUCUAGUGUCAUGCCUGUGGUUGAGAUGGGUUCUUCUUCGGUUGGAUUUUACGACAAGGUUCGAGAUCAAAUUCAAAUUACUUUGAAUAUGAAACAGACCACAAAUGAUUUGGAUCUGAACAAGAAACAGUGGUGAGCCAUCGUUGAUCUUAUUUUAAGUUGUUGUCAUUUCAACUAUCAAUAAAAAGUUAUUGUUUUAGUUCUGUUUGUUUAAGUUACAUGUUUGGGUUGGUUUCACAUGUAGUUGUAUUUUCUCAUGAAUGAAAUUUAUUUUUCUUUCGUUAA